UUUAUUUCAAUCUUUUCAAGUUCAAGAAUCAGAGUUUGGAUCAGCGAUCAAAAACAAUUUUUUCCUUCCUAUUUUGCCCCUUCAAAAUUAACCAUAAAUGGCGAUGACCAUUGAAGGUACAAUCUUUUUGCUAUUCUAGUUUCAGUUUUGAAUUAGCAAUAAACCCCUUUUAAUUUUUUUGUUUAAUUUUUCUUUUUUUUAGUUAUAUUAUUUACUGCUUGUUUCAAAAGUUUUGAGGUUUGAGGUAGUUGAUUAUCAGAUUAUGGUUGGUGGGGUUCUUUGUUGGAUGAAUAUAAAUGACCCAAUUCUUGUUUCUUGAAUUAUUUCAAAAUUUUACUACAGCUGAAAUAAUUCUCAUUGAACAUUUAAGUUCCUGUUUAGCCAUAGAUUUUGAAGUUGAAACUUGAAAUUUGAAAAAUUUGAGUUCUUGAAGUUGUAUUUAGACAUGCAUUUUAUUUGGAAAAAAAUUGAAGUUCUGUGAGUGGAAGUACCACAAAAGAAAAACUGGUAUGAGCAUGUAUUUGGGAACUUGAAAAUCUGAUUAAAUUUCAUGGAGAAAUAGAUAUAUGAAGAUAAAUUUUCAAAAUUUGGUCCGAAAUUUAUGGCCAAACGCUAGCUUAGGCUUAUGGUUCAAAAAGUUUAUAUUUUUCAGUUUUUUUUUUUUGGCUGGCAAUAGAAUUCUUGAUUCAUCCAUGACCCAAUUCUAGUUUUUCGAGUUCUGUAAUAAUUUUACUACAGCUGAAAUACUUGUGAUUAACAUUUAGGCUUAUGGUUCAAAAAAGUUUUACAUUUGUCAUAUUUAAUAUUUGCUUUUAGCUGGCAAUAGAGUUCUUAUCAAAUCUUUAAUUCUGGGGUACAGUGGAGCUUAUGAUAUGUCUAAUUAUUUCCCUUUUCUCCCAAGCUCGAUUCUUGAGUUAAAAAAUGAAAGUUUGAUUCUUGAAUUUACAAAAAAACAGUUUGCUCUAGAAUUUGAGCAAGUUGCAUUAUAUUAUCAAGAAAAACUUAACAGCAGAAAAUUCACAUAGAUCCAAACAUCAUUAAAGCUGAUGUAGAAUGAACUGGCAUUUUCAUUUUGGUCAUCUGAUUGCGGAUGGUAAGCUGACCGAUGGUGCAGUUCAACUUUCUAGUGUUGCUUUAGUAGAUAAGUUAUAGGCUGUGUGUCAAAACACAUGGAAGGAUUGGAGAACUUGCAAAAUGUGUCAGGUUUUAUGAAAGCAACACAUCUUAGAGAUAUGAUCCAAAGUAUGUCUUCAAUUCGCUUCUGAAAUUAAACUAAGAAUUUCUGAUAAGGGGAUUGUAGUUUAAUAUUUCAUCCUCUGGUGUGUGGUGACUGUUUCUGCCAUUUGUAAGUACGACCAACUGUGGCUGUGGAUCAUGGACUAUGACUACCUCUUACUCUGACUUCUAAUGAAACGGUGAUACUCAAUUUGUAAUUCAUUGCAAUCCAACUUGUUAAUCAAUAAAACUCCGAUAAUUUUCGAACUGAUUGGUCUAGUCAAUUGACUGUUCCAUGAAGCUACUAGGUAAGAUUGGGUCUAUCUGGAUAGACCAGGAUGAAUAGAGAGGGGCAUUACUUCAUUUACUUGAUGUUUCUCUUCGGGUUUUCUAUUUACAAAUGAUGGUAUUAUCAAAUCAAUUAAUUUUGAUCAUAUUUCUAUUUCCAUGUAGCUGGUUAAAUUUAAAUUGUCGAAUCUCAUUAUGAUCAUACAAUUACUAACUUGGUUUUUUCUGGUUCUCCGUGUCAUCUUUAUGGUUCAAUUGCUGGUUUUCACUUCUUGGAUAAAGUGCUUGCGGGGCUUGCCUUCAUGUUCUCUUCUAGCAUCUUGUUACAGAUCCUGGCUUGUGCUCUAUACAACAACUGGUGGCCAAUGUUAUCAGCUCUUAUGUAUGUUGUGGUUCCCAUGCCAUGCUUAUUCUUUGGUGGUGGAUCGACACAGUUCCUAAUAAGUCGAGAUGGCGGAGGCUGGAUGGAUGCUGCUAAAUUCUUAACAGGGGCGUCAGCUGUGGGAAGCAUAGCCAUCCCCAUUAUUCUCAGACAUGCAGAUCUUAUCCAGACAGGAGCAAUGUUCAUCGAAUUCGUGUCAUUCUUCAUAUUUGUCUGCACAGUCAUGUGUUUUCAUCGUGCUAGUCUUGAUGACGAGUGGUGAUAUAAAAAUCGAGGCAUUGCCCUUUACGUUCCUCUGACUGUAAUUAUGUUGCCUAGUUCUAACAAACAAGAAAAUGCAAACAAAAGGUAGCUGAAAAGGAAGGAGCCAAUGCUAGAAAUGAAACUAGAAAUUUUAUUUACCAAUGUGUAUAGCUUUGUCUAAUGUCACAUUUCUUGAUGUGAGUGUUAUUUUCUCAAAGUUUGAACCUUUUGCUGAUGGAACAAAGAUCAUAUUUUUAGUUACUACUCUAUUUGCAUAGAAAGUUGCUAACAGAUCAUAAAUAUUCAAUUCUGUGUAUGUUUCUUCUUGAACUUGUGCUUGCUUGAAUUA